AGAAGAAUAUGGAUGCGCUAGAGCGAUUCACUUAUACAAGACAUAACAUCUUUGACUCUGCGCUGCGGUUCACGAUCAAGGUUACCAAUCCUGUUUUCCUUGCAAUCACUAUUUCAGACCCUUCCGAUCCUUAGAUCGACGACUCCGUUCGCUUCUCUCCGAAUUGCCCCGUCACGACUUCUUCACAGCAUCGCCUCCACCCGUGGACGACUUUGGAAGCAGGCUCACACGACCUGGCUUGUUCUCUGCCAUAUCUGCGACCGGGCAAAGAGACUGUACAACAUACCAUGCCUUCGUACAGACAAGGAUCUUAGAAAAAGUUUUCCAUGGACUCCACAGCCUCAGACAACACUACGAGAACACUUGGUGUGAACCCGUUACCCUGCGUAUCUCCUGCGUUAGAGUCACAGGCUUACUUUCCCUGUCGUCCACUAUCGGAAAGAGCGUGGACAGCGCGUCAAAGUCAGUGUCAUGGGGUUUGGAGAAAAAGAUCCAACGACGACUGUGAGUGGUAAUAUCUCGAAAAGUACAACUUCACUACGGGACCUGCCAAGCUUGUCAGAGACGCCGACAGCCAUGGCUACAAACGACUUUCUCACGCGGUCGCGUGCGUUCAUCUCCACACCAUUCACAGCCGCCUUCUGCGCCGGAGGCGUUGCAGGAGCAGUAUCCCGGACCGUCGUUUCUCCCCUGGAACGAUUGAAAAUCCUUUACCAAAUACAAAGUGUGGGUCGCAAUGAAUACAAGAUGUCGAUCGCAAAAGCGCUGCGGAAAAUGUACACAGAUGAGGGCUGGAGAGGUUUCAUGAGAGGGAACGGCACCAACUGUGUACGUAUUGUGCCUUACUCCGCUGUCCAGUUUGGGGCAUACAACGCCUACAAACGAUUCUUUGAACCUACACCUGGUGCCGAUCUCGACCCGCUCCGACGUCUGUUAUGUGGUGGCUUGGCUGGCGUUACAUCCGUGACCUUUACAUAUCCCCUCGACAUUGUACGGACACGUCUGUCGAUACAGUCUGCCUCAUUCGCCGCCCUUGGUAGACACGAGGGCAAGUUGCCGGGAAUGUGGCAAACGAUGUCCAACAUGUACAAAACUGAAGGAGGUGUGGCUGGGUUGUAUCGAGGCAUAAUUCCGACCAUUGCGGGCGUUGCGCCGUACGUCGGUCUUAACUUUAUGGUGUAUGAGUCGGUCAGGCACUAUUUCACCGAACCUGGUGAGAAGAAUCCCGCCUGGUAUCGGAAGCUUGCCGCAGGAGCCAUUUCUGGAGCUGUGGCUCAAACAUGCACUUAUCCAUUCGACGUACUUCGCCGCCGGUUUCAGAUCAAUUCCAUGUCCGGCAUGGGGUACCAGUACAAGUCAAUAUGGGAUGCUAUCCGAACGAUUGUUGGACAGGAGGGAGUCUUGGGGCUUUACAAAGGAAUAGUGCCCAAUCUACUGAAGGUUGCUCCCAGUAUGGCUAGCAGUUGGCUCAGCUUUGAGAUGACGAGAGAUUAUCUUGUCGAGCUGGCUCCACAAAAGUCAGAUCCAAUAUGAAUGGCUUUUGAGAAGCAUUCACCACCACCGAGAGAGAGCCUUUCAGAGAGUCGAGUCUGAGCAUGGAACAACUAUACGCGAAGAAAAGACGAAGAAGGCAUGUCGCUCCUGAUGUCGGCUUCUUUCCUAAGAAGUUUGGAGGCUAUUCAGGUCGGCAACUGUAUAUCUUGACAUAACAUGGCCGAUGGGACAUUUUCAUGGAGUCAAGGAUCAGGAAAAAAUUAGAGACAAGACACGGGCAUUUUUUGGAGUAUCAAGAGCCUGUCGUAGACUGUGAGCGUUUCCGGUCCCGAAGACUAGGCGAGCCUGCAUUCACACGGAUUACGGGCCUAAUUGUGGCCGUAGACGGGGAGGAAGCAUGAGAUAAGAAUAAGAGAUUCAAGUAUUGCUCAC